GCUCUCCAUGUGUGGAGCUCAGACUCUAAGCUCCCAGACUGAUGUCCAGACAGAGAGCCAGGGCACUGGGGCUGCUGCUGCUGCUGCUGCUGAAGUCUCUACCCAGCUGGACGUCUCUGCUGAGCUGAAGGAACUCAGAGACAUGGUGGUGGAGCUGACGACAACGGUUAAGGUAUUGGAGGCUGAAAAUGAAGCAAUGAAGACCAGACUGGCUGCCAGUGAAACUGAAGUCACACACCUGAAAACGGCAAAUGGGGAACUCAAGACCAGACUGGAUGUCACUCAACCUGAAGUCACACACCUGAAGUUGGCAAGCGAAGACGCUCUGGCUGAACUAGAGAAGCACGAGCAGGAGCUGGCUGUUCUGAAGACCAGGAUGGUUGCUAGUGAGUCUGAAGUGGAGAGUCUGAAGAAGGAAAAUGGAGAACUCAAAACCAGCAUGGCUUCUAGUGAAUCCGAAGUCAAGGCCCUGAAGAACGACAGUGCAGCACAUGAGCAGGAGUUGCCUGCUCUGAAGACCAGACUGGCUGCUAGUGAAACUGGGAUCGAUGAACUGAAGGUGGGAAAUGCAGCACAAGAGGCAGAGCUGACAGCAGUGAAGACCAGACUGGCAACCACUGAGACUGAAGUCAAGGAUCUGAAGACCAGACUGGCAGCCACUGAGACCGAAGUGGAGAAUCUGGAGAAUGAGAUCAGAGCAGUACCCAAGGUGGCCUUCUCAGCAGGUUUGACUAACUCAGGAUACAUAGAGUCUGGGAGUAACAACCUGAACUUGGUCUUCAGUAGAGUCAUCACCAAUCUGGCGUGUGCGUGUGUGUGUGUGUGUGCGUACGGGCCUCAGCAGCGCGUGCUGCGCAGCGGUGACAUCAUGCUGGGCGGGCUCUUCCCCAUACACCUGGCCGUCCAAUCAGAAGACCAGGACCUCGCCGCACGACCCGAGGCCACCGAGUGCGUCAGGUUUAAUUUCCGUGGUUUCCGCUGGCUCCAGGCGAUGGUCUUUGCCGUAGAUCAGAUCAACAACAGUACAGAGCUGCUGCCCAACGUGUCGCUAGGAUACCGUAUCCAUGACACCUGCAACACCGUCUCCAAGGCGCUGGAGGCCACACUCAGCUUUGUGGCCCAGAACAAGAUCGACUCACUCAGUCUGGAUGAGUUCUGUAAUUGUUCUGGGAAGGUUCCGUCCACCAUCGCGGUCGUCGGGGCAACAGGGUCCAGUGUCUCCACCUCCGUAGCCAACCUGCUGGGCCUCUUCUACAUCCCACAGAUCUCGUACGGUUCCUCUAGUCGUCUCCUUAGUAACCGUCAGCAGUUUACCUCCUUCAUGAGGACGAUCCCCUCGGACGAGCAGCAGGCCGUAGCCAUGGCAACGCUGAUUGAGCAUUUUGGCUGGAACUGGGUCAUCGCCGUGGCGUCCGAUGACGACUACGGAAGACCAGCAGUGGAGAAGUUUGAAAACGAGAUGCUGGAGAGAGAUAUCUGUAUCGACCUUAAUGAGCUGAUAUCUCAGUAUUGGUCGGAGGCGGCCGUGCGAGCACUAGCGGACCGCAUCCAGAACUCCUCGGCCCGCGUCAUCGCCGCGUUCGCAUCCGCACCGGACCUGGAGCCGCUGGUGCGUGAGUUGUCUCGUCGUAACCUGACGGGGCGCGUGUGGCUGGCUAGUGAGGCGUGGGCGACCUCCUCCCUCAUCGCGCGGCCCGAGUACUCGGAGGUCAUGAUGGGGACGCUCGGCUUCGCACUGAGGGCCGGACACAUACCAGGCUUCAAGGAGUUCCUACGGCAGGUGCGUCCUGGUCCUGGCUAUGUCUAUAAUGAGUUCGUCAGGGAGUUCUGGGAGGAAACGUUCAACUGCUACCUGGAGGACGAUGAAGAGGAGGAGGAGGAGGAGGACGGUGCGAGUCUUCGUCCUCGUUGCUCUGGAGACGAGGAUGUGUCGAGCGUAGAGACUCCGUACCUGGACUACACACACCUGCGCAUCUCAUACAACGUAUACGUCGCCGUCUACGCUAUAGCCCAUGCGUUACAGGAGAUCCUGACGUGUCGUCCGGGGAGAGGCCUCUUCAAGAACAACUCAUGUGCCGACAUACACAGAGUGGAGGCCUGGCAGGUGCUGAAGCAGCUGCGUCACCUGCGUUUCCGUGACUCCCUGGGUGAGCUCGUUAGCUUUAACGAGGGGGCGGAGCUCCACGGCAACUACACCAUCGUCAACUGGCACCGGGCGCCCGGCGACAGCUCGGUGGAGUUCCGAGAGGUGGGCUACCACAUCAGCGCCAGGGGGGGGCGGGGCGAGGGACGACUCUACAUCGACCAAUCAAAACUCAUCUGGACCGGCCAGACCACAGAGGUGCCGUUCUCCAACUGCAGUGAUGACUGUGAUCCUGGGUACCGUAAGAGCAUCAUCGAUGGCAUGCCCACCUGCUGCUUCCAAUGCAUAGAGUGCUCAGACGGAGAAUACACCGACCACACAGACGCCAGUGUGUGCACCAAGUGCCCUUCCAACUCCUGGUCGCUAGGCAACCACACCAGCUGCUUCCUGAAGGAGAUCCACUUCCUGUCCUGGGCGGAGCCCUUCGGCGUUACCUUGGCGAUCCUGGCCUCGCUGGGCGUCAUGGCAACUGCCUUCGUUCUGGCGCUCUUCGUAAAGUUCCGGGACACGCCCAUCGUCAAGGCGUCCAAUCGGGAGCUGUCCUACGUGCUGCUGAUGUCACUCAUGUGCUGCUUCCUCAGCUCUCUAUUCUUCAUUGGGCGUCCGCGUGACUGGUCGUGUCGCGUGCGGCAGCCUGCGUUCGGCAUCAGCUUCGUACUGGGCGUCUCCUGCAUCCUCGUCAAGACCAACCGAGUACUGCUAGUGUUCGAGGCCAAGGUGCCAGCCAGUGUGCAGCGUAAGUGGUGGGGCCUCAACCUGCAGUUCCUGCUGGUCUUCCUUUUCACAUUCGUACAGGUAGCCAUCUGUGUGGUGUGGCUGUACAACGCUCCCCCGGCCUCCUAUGAGAACCACGAACUGGCGGACGAGGUGAUAGUGUUGUCGUGUCACGAGGGUUCCGCGAUGGCUCUGGGGCUCCUGAUUGGCUACACCUGUCUCCUAGCAACAGCCUGCUUCCUGUUGGCCUUUAAGUCACGCAAACUACCCGAGAACUUCACUGAGGCUAAAUGCAUCACAUUCAGCAUGCUGAUCUUCUUCAUUGUGUGGGGGUCGUUUGUCCCGGCGUACGUCUCCACUCACGGCAAAUACGUCACCGCGGUGGAGGUCAUUGCAAUACUAGCAUCCAGCUACAGCAUGCUAGCCUGCCUAUUCUUCAACAAGGUCUACAUCCUGCUCUUCAAGCCGUCCCGUAACACAGUGGAGGAGGUCCGCUGCAGCACGGCUGCUCACGCCUUCAAGGCGGCCGCUCGCGCCACGCUCCGCCACGGCUCCAACGCCUCCCGCAGACGCUCCUCAUCUCCCUCCCUCUCCUCCUCCUCCUCACACUCCUCCGCCUCCUCCUCGCGCUCCUCCUCUCCUCGCGCCUCCUCCGCCACGCGGCCCCGGGUGGAGGGGGGGUCCCUGGAGAGGGAGAGGAGGGGUGGGGAGCGACCACCUCGACACCCCCGGGAGAGCCCCCAGGGCAUCGCCAUGGUCCCCGUCACCAGGGGCGACGGGAGGAUGGCACCUGUUACCGGGGACGACAGAAGGAGUUCGGUAACCAGGGGCGAUGGGAGGAUGGCCGCCAUGCCGGUUACCGGGAGAGACCAGAGGAUGCCCACCAGGUUCGUUACCACGGGCGACGGCAGGAUGGCCAGCUCAGUAACCAGGGGCGACGGGAGGAUGGCCGACGCAGAGACGCCCAAACUGUGA